GGUAAAAUUAUUAUGAUAGGAAAUUAUGUAUUAAGAUUAUUUUCUGAGUUGGUGGCAUCUCAUUAAUACUGAAGAGCCAUCACAUCUCAAAAUUAUAGAUGCUCCUUUGGAUAUAGAUGCUUAUUCUGACGAAAAAAUGUUGAACCUUCCUGUGCUGACCUCGAACACCGCGUUGGGAUCGAACCCGAGGAGAUUGGCAUCCAAUCCUUCAAAUGGAUUUGAAGAAACUUUCGCUGGUUGUGAUACUUCUCUUCCAAACUUUUUGCUCUUGGCUUUUUGUGGAAAGAGGCAGAUUUUAGCCUUCUUAACCUUGAUGUUAUUCGUUAAACUUCUUUUGAUUCUUU